AUGUCUUACUAUUUUGUCAUCAUCUCACCAGCCGACACUCCCUUGUUUGAACUGACCUUUGGUACAUCGAAAGGUGGAGGAGACGGUGUCGCUCGGUUUCGGAAUGGAGAGACUUCUAGGUACAUGAACCAAUUCAUUGUUCAUGCGGCACUUGAUGUGGUGGAAGAAGUCCAAUGGCUGAGCCCAAACAUGUGGCUCAAAGUCAUCGACAACUAUGCUCCUACAAACUCCCACAUCAGCUGCUUUAUCACCGGCACAAAUGUUCGAUUCAUGCUUCUUCACCAACCCCCGGCAAUGACAAACGCCUCUGCAGGUAGUCGUACCUCCACAAUCUCUUCAACCUCGAUUCCUCAGAAUCCCACCAGUCCACAGACCGAGGAAGCCAUUCGCCAGUUCAUGAAUGAAGUCUUUGAACUAUGGGUCAAGACGUUGAUGAAUCCGUUCUACAGUAUCGGAAAACCCGUCACCAGUCCCAUGUUCCGGCAAAGGGUGACAGCUGCGGGCCGAAAAUGGUUAUGAGGAAUUGGUCCGAGCUUCUUUGUUUGGAUUAUUUGCGGUCAGACCUUGCCACGAUGCAAACAAAGCGUGGCGUUUUCACCUCGCUGAAAUGAUCACCUCAAGCCACCUCAAGCCACGUUGCUCUACUAUCCCUCAUUUCAGAUAUGGCGAUGCAACGAAAUCAGAGGGGGAUGAGGCUGUGACCGCGUGUAGCAAAUCCACCGCUCACAGUUCCAGAGCUUAACAGUGUCCUCGGUAUCGACUAUUCUAGUAUUCUCAAAGCAAGGACCGUUCAAUACUCGAGCAAUUCUGGAGGACAUCACCGACACCAAAAAGACCUAAAGUCUUGGAUACUGCAAAUCUCUACCUCACCGACUGAUAAGCACGCAGCCGAGAAAGGGCUCUAUGGCUCCAAUCGGCCUCAUUACCAGCACCUACCACGAAGCUAUCAUACGGCGUUCGACUAUUAGCUACCUUUCGUGGCCUCUCUGGGCACAAAUCCUGCUGCCCGUUAUGACUGCUACGAUCUGGAUCCCAGUUUACUUUCUCAUCGAACUGAUACGCGACUUCUCCUGCCUCCGUUGAUAGGAGGUAUGACGAUUCAAGUCUGGGAUCCCAAUGUACACAAGGACGACAUCUGUGCCACCGAUAUACUUGCAGUAUUGAUUCUGGCAGCAUGUUAACCACCAACGAUGAGGGACCUGGGCGUUGGGGACGAGUCCUUUUCUCAUUUGAAAAAUCGGUCGUCUAGCGAUAACCUUCGAGUACUCUGGAAUCACAAGCUUCGCUCAUGAUAUGGUGAGGGACCAGUUCAAAACUUCGCUACGUACAAUAUCGACAUUAUUGUCCGGUCAUAGAAAUACA